UCUCCUCCUCGUAUAUAUAGCCCAUUCUAGUCCCCUAGCCGACUCACACAUCACCGUCUUUCGUCAACCCCUCCUAUCGGCUAAGAGAACACGUGUCGCAAUGUGCUUAACCCCGGCCUUCUUCCUCCUCCUCCUCCACACGGCGGCCGUCGCCGCUCCGUCUCCCUCCGUCUCCACCGCCGCCGCGUGCAAGUCCUCCCUCUAUCCCAAGCUCUGCCGCGCCGUCCUCGCGCCAUUACGGCUUCCCUCCAAGCCCUACGAGUACGGCCGGUUCUCCGUCAAGCAGGCGCUAAAGCGUGCCCGCCGGACCUCCAAGCUCCUCGACCACUACCUCGCCGGAGGCGGAGACUGGGGGAGGGGCGUCGGCGGCGGAGCCCUCGAGGAUUGCCGACAGCUGAAUGGCCUCAACUUGGAGUACCUCGAAACCGUCGAAGCCGAGCUCGGCCCGGGCGAGUCGGUCCUCAACCCGGCCGGGGCGGACCGGGUCCGGGCUCUGAUGAGCGCCGUGGUCACCAACCAGCAGACCUGCUUCGACGGCCUCGAAGCUUCCAGAAUCUUCCCCGAGCUCCGCGGCGCCUUCUCCGACGAGACCCGGGUCUACGGCGUCUCGCUCGAGCUAGUCAGCGCCGCGCUGGACCGGACCGUCGUGAACCGGUCCGAGUCCGACUCGCUCCCAGUGCAAAAUGAUGCUAGCUCGCCGCCCUUUGGUUUGCCGGCGAUGGGACGGAAUCUUGUGCAUUGGGAGAACGGCGAGGUGGUGCCGAUAAACCAGUCGGUGACGGUGGCUACCGACGGGAGUGGGAAUUUCUCAGCGAUCGCAGACGCCGUCGCCUUCGCUCCGAAUGAUACGUCGAUAGAGGAUGGGUAUUUCGCGAUCCGUAUCGGCGAAGGAGUGUUCGAGGAGAACGUGGUCGUGGGAAAGAGAAAGAAGAACCUGAUACUGAUCGGCGCCGGGAACAAUCGGACGGUGGUCACGGGGAACCGGAGCGUCGCCGACGGGUGGACGACCUUCAAAUCGGCAACUUUUGCCGUGCAUGGCGAUCGAUUCAUAGCCAUCAACAUCACCUUCGAGAACACAGCCGGGCCGGAGAAGCACCAGGCGGUGGCCGUCCGGAACAGCGCCGACCUCUCGAGCUUCUACCGCUGCAGCUUCCUGGGCUACCAGGACACCCUCUACGCUCACUCUCUCCGCCAGUUCUACCGCGACUGCGACGUCUACGGCACCGUCGACUUCAUCUUCGGCAACGCCGCCUCCGUCUUCCAGAACUGCAACAUCUACGCUCGCAAGCCCCUCCCUGACCAGGCCAACGCCAUAACCGCGCAGGGCCGCACCUGCCCAAACCAAACCACCGGCAUCUCCAUCCACAACUGCACCAUCCGAGCUGCGCCGGACCUCGAAGCUGACCUCAACUCCACCAAGACAUUCCUCGGCCGGCCGUGGAAGGAGUACUCGCGGACGGUCUACAUGCAGUCCUCCAUCGAUCGGGCGAUCGAUCCUCUUGGAUGGAUGGAGUGGAACGGGACCUUCGCCCUGAGCACGUUGUACUACGGGGAGUUUGAGAAUUACGGGCCGGGGGCGAACACUAGUGGCAGGGUGCAGUGGCCGGGUUAUCACCUCAUGAAUGCUUCGGAAGCUCUGAAUUUUACCGUUUAUAACUUUACCAUGGGAGAUGCUUGGUUGUCUGCCACUGCCAUUCCUUACUCUGGAGGGCUGCUGUAGCUCUGGAGUCGUUUAGUUGAGCAAUUAGUAUUGAUUUUUGUUCGGGUUUAUAGGGGAUUCUGAUCUGAUUGUUGUGUAAUUUUUUUUUCGUAUAUAUGAUGCAUAUCUGAGAAAAGUUAUACUUGUAAUAGA